AUGAGUGAUAGAACUUUCUGUAAAGUAGAUUCAAUCCAAACCUCUAAAACUAAAAUAUGUACUGGGUGUUAUACUACAAAGAAGAUUAACGAUUUUAUUUAUCCUUAUAGAGAUAACCCAAAUUAUAAACAUGCAACCUCAAAGCUCUUGAGGGUGAAUCUUAAUACAAAAAUUGCUAACAAUACUUCAAGCACUUGUGUUGAUAAUGAUUUAGAGAACACAGAGCCAAUUCUUGAACAAGAAGUCUUUAAAGAAGAUAUGACAAACAAUCUACAAGUGAAUAAUGCAAGUGAUACUGAAAAUAAUCACUAUAAUGAUGAUAAGAGUGAAUUUCUAUAUAGCAUUGAUGAAAUAGAAGAGUAUAUUAGAACAAAGUUUCAUAACUUAGAGAAUAAUGAUAAACCUGUAAAAAUUUCAUUUGAAAUUGAGUUAAAUUCACAACUUGUUAAAUAUAGUGCUUGUGAUCUCCAAUCAGAAUCACUAGAUUUAGAAGUAAUCAAAAAUAAUUUUCAUCUAAUUGCCAAAAUAAUCAUCAUUACAAUCGAGUCUGGAUCUAAUUAUUACUGA